UAGAAAAAUGGAAAACGGAUGGCAGUGGGAUUUGGAUGGUAGUGCCGCAUCCGCUUAUGUGGUAUGACAGGGUUAAGACAGCCCACGAGGAAACUGCGGCUCAUUUUGCCGUACGAAUCACAGAGUCCGCUAUCGACAAAAAUGAGUGGUAUUGGUCCAAUAUUCGCGACGACGUGAAGUACAUCAUUGCCAACUGUCAGGUCUGCGCCGCUGAUAAAGCGCCGAUUCAGCCGCCAAGAUCGAUAGUGCCCACGGUUGUUGAACGGUCAUUUCAAAGAGUGAGCAUGGACACCACCGACAUAAUGGUGCCCCCUGGCCCUAAUAGUUGCGAGUAUUCAGUCCUACUGGUAUUUGUCGACCAUUUCUCGAAAUGGAUCGAAGCGUAUCCUUUUCGCACGCGGCAAGCCACAAAAAUCGCGCGAUAUGUCAACCGUUUUCUCCUCGGGAUGCAUCAGGAUACGGAGGAAAUCCUAACCGACAAUGGGGCCGAAUUCAGGGGAAAAGUGUUAAGGAGUCUGGUCCUACACGGCGUUGCCAUACGGAACACUGCGCCUCACAUGUCACAGUCCAACGGGUUGGUCGAAAACGCUAACCGGGUGAUAAAGACAGCGUUGCAACGAAACAUCGCGGCACGAGAUCCGAGACCUUGGCCCGAUAUCGUCGAUCACUUCCUGGCAGUCCAUCGCGGAACGCCCCACGAAUCGACGAGGCUAAGCCCCUUCCAAUUAAGGACCAAUAGUGUCGCUUGUGUUUCGAUACCGAGCCUCCCAGAUGAGACUACAUUAAACCGACGGCCCACCACGGCCACGGCUCAGGACAAGGCCAAACGGCACCUAGAGUUAAUGGAACGGUCGCUGCCCAGGCUAGCCCGAAAGCGACAGAAAAUGACCGAACUAGCCCAGGGCCGACAGGUCCGGAGUUACGAAGCCCGAAAUGGGAAUGUGGGUCCGUGGCCCCAAUACAAAUUGGAGGACGUGGUGCAGGUGAGGAAAUGUGCUCGCCAGGAAUUCGUCGAGCUCUCGUUUUGCCUGCUACAAGUGGAUCUGAACUGGACGUGGGAAGGCGAUCAGAGAUUUGCGUUGGAGAUUGUGGAGUUGCUCGUCAUUCAGGCGUGGAGGACCAACGUGGCGGGAGAUCUUCUAGGAUUCAUCUUUGGAGCAGUGGAUCGGGGAAACCGAUUACAGAUCGUGCGCGAACUUACGAUCGUGAUCGCACGAUUGGCCGACGAACUCCCCCUCGACAUCGUCUCUCAGAGCGAUGAAGAACCCGUGCCACAUACCCUCUCAAGGACUCUCGCCCCGAGCCUCCAGUGGUCGGCUUGUAUCGAGGAGCGCUGGGCGGACGACCGUUUUCCUUCCCGUAGCGAGUACCUGGACGUCCACAACCUGACUAAUCCCCGCUUCUUUCGGCAACCAACGGCGUUCGAGUGGGCAGCGCUGAGAGCAGAAGAGGAGGACGAGGAGGAAUCGGAAGGAGAAUUGAGGAGAGAGGCCGGGGAAGCAGCGGUGCGAUUGGCCGAGGACGAGGAAGAAGAGCGUGAAGCAGGAGAAGAGUCGGCGGAAGAAGAAGAAGAAGAAGAAGAAGAAGAAGAAGAAGAAGAAGAAGAAGAAGAAGAAGAAGAAGAAGAAGAAGAAGAAGACGCAGAAGAGGAGACUUCGGAGGAAGAGAAAGAGGCCUAUAGCGAGUACAGCGAGGGCGAGCAAAGUGAGGAGGAGGAAGACGACGAAGAAGUGGAAAGCGAGGACAACCAGGAGCCAACGCACGACGAGCUCGAGUGGGUGCCAGGGCCGGAUCGGCGAGAGGAGAACCCGGAGGCUGCUGCGCAGCGCAAGAAAGAGAUCGCGGAAGGAAAACGGUUGGCGAUCGAUCCCGCACUAAACAAUCCUUUCAAGAAUCCCGAGCCACCCAAGCCGGAACAUGGGGACCUUGCUGCCACGACCUCGGGAGCCGCGACGACAAGGCGCCGAUCCCGAUCCCGAUCCAGGUCCCCCUCCGCCUCCGUCCGUCCCCCAAUUCGUCAACGUGUCAAUGAGGGGCUCAACCCUUCGUCCCCGAUCCAUAUACCACCAUCCCCUUAGCUAUCUCUCUUUCAAUCAGUAUUUCCAUCGCAUCGUCUUCCCCUGUAAUCCCUUCCCCAUC